GGCCCCAGCAUGGCCGAGCCGCUGCUCAGGAAAACCUUCUCCCGCCUGCGGGGCCGAGAGAAACUUCCCCGGAAAAAGUCGGACACGAAGGAGCGCGGCCGGCCAGCCCAGCGCCCAGAGCCCAGCCUUCCAGAGUCAGAGCUCCAGGCCCCCGAGGGGUCCCAGGCUGGAGCAGAAGGGCCCCCAAGCCCUGAGGCCUCUCCAAGCCCGGCUCGGGGGGCCUACCUGCAGAGCCUGGAGCCCAGCAGCCGCCGAUGGGUGCUGGGCGGGGCCAAGCCACCGGAGGAGGCUGCUUUGGGGCCCGGAGCACCUGGCAGCGGGGAGCCUGCUGGCGAGAUCUGGUACAACCCUAUCCCUGAGGAAGACCCCAGGCCCCCCGCACCUGAGCCCCUGGGGCCACAGCCAGGCUCAGCUGAGCCAGAGGGCCCGGCCUCCCAAGGCGCAGCCCCCACGAGCCCCCCAACGAAAGCCUCUCGCACCAAGUCCCCCGGCCCAGCCAGGCGCCUCUCCAUGAAGAUGAAGAAGCUGCCCGAGCUGCGGCGCCGCCUCAGCCUGCGGGGCCCCCGGGCUGGCCGAGAGCGCGAGAGGCCCGCCCCCGCGGGCUCCGUCAUCAGCCGUUACCACCUGGACAGCAGCGUGGGAAGCCCCGGGCGGGCAGCGGUGGCUGGGGGCGCGCGGGGCCUGCGGGCUGGGUACCUCAGUGACGGCGACUCACCGGAGCGGCCCGCGGGUCCCCCGUCGCCCACUGCCUUCCGUCCCUAUGAGGUGGGCCCAUCCGCCCGGGCGCCCCCCGCCGCACUCUGGGGCCGCCUCAGCCUGCACCUGUAUGGCCUGGGGGGACUGCGGCCAGCGCCCGGGGCUACCCCCAGAGACCUCUGCUGCCUGCUGCAGGUGGAUGGGGUGGCCCGGGCCCGAACAGGGCCACUGCGUGGGGGGCCAGACUUCCUGCGGCUGGACCACACCUUCCACCUGGAACUCGAGGCUGCCCGGCUGCUGCGGGCCCUGGUGCUGGCGUGGGACCCUGGCGUGCGGCGGCACCGGCCCUGUGCCCAGGGCACCGUGCUGCUGCCCACGGUCUUCCGAGGUAGGAGGCAUGACUGCAGGGGAGAAAUGGUAGGCCACAGAAUUCAGCUCAGGGCUCCCCAUUUUGCCAGAGUGCCUGGGGUACUAAGCCCCGGGGUGGGGGGGGUGGCCCAGGGCACAGGAGCCUGUAGGGGCAGAUCCCACUCAGGUCCCCUUGUGUCUUCAGGAUGCCAGGCCCAGCAGCUGGCCGUGCGCCUGGAGCCCCAGGGGCUGCUGUAUGCCAAGCUGACCCUGUCAGAGCAGCAAGAAACACCGGGCACAGCUGAGCCCCGAGUCUUCGGGCUCCCCCUGCCGCUGCUGGUGGAGCGGGAGCGGUCCCCAGGCCAAGUGCCCCUCAUCAUCCAGAAGUGUGUUGGGCAGAUCGAGCGCCGAGGACUGCGGGUCGUGGGGCUGUACCGUCUGUGCGGCUCGGCAGCCAUGAAGAAAGCGCUGCGUGAUGCCUUUGAGCGAGACAGUGCGGCUGUCUGCCUCUCUGAGGACCUGUACCCCGACAUCAACGUUAUCACUGGCAUCCUCAAGGAUUAUCUUCGGGAGCUUCCCACUCCUCUCAUCACCCAGCCCCUCUACCAGGUGGUACUGGAGGCCAUGGCCCGCGGGCCUCCCUGCAGGGCUCCCCCCAGCACUGGGGACACCCGUGGGCUCCUCAGCUGCCUGCCAGAUGUGGAAAGGGCCACGCUGACGCUUCUCCUGGACCACCUGCGCCUUGUCUCCUCCUUCCACGCCCACAACCGCAUGACCCCGCAGAACCUGGCCGUGUGCUUCGGUCCCGUGCUGCUGCCGGCUCGCCAGGCCCCCGCCAGGCCCCGCAUCCGCAGCUCCGGCUCGGGCCUCACCAACGCAGUGGACUUCAAGCGGCACAUCGAAGUGCUGCACUACCUGCUGCAGGCCUGGCCAGAUCCCUGCAGGGCCCCGGAAGCUCCGCACCUCGCCCCGUACCUGCGGCCCAAACGGCAGCCGCCGCUGACCUUACCGCUAGCAGGCCCUGAAGUGGUGACGCGGCCCCGCAGCCGAGGCGGCCCCGAGAGCCCCCCGAGCAACCGCUACGCCGGCGACUGGAGUGUGUGCGGGCGGGACUUCCUGCCCUGCGGGCGGGACUUCCUGUCCGCGCCAGACUACGACCACGUGACGGAGAGCGAUAGCGAAGACGAGGACGAGGAGGGUGGCGAGCGCACGGGCCCUGGCGACUUCGAAGAUGACUUCGAGGCGCCCUUCAACCCGCACCUGAACCUCAAAGACUUCGACGCCCUCAUCCUGGACCUGGAGCGAGAGCUCUCCAAGCAGAUCAACGUGUGCCUCUGAGCGGGGCGGGCCGGGCUGCUGGUCGCUAAGGCGGUGCCCUAACGACCGAGGGAGACCAGACCUGUCGGUCAGGCCUCGCUCCUGUUGCUGGGGAGUUGCCUAGCGACCAGCCAGCCCGUUACUGAGCAUCAUUGCUCGUUGCCAGUGCUCAGUAUUUGGACGCUGGCUGGUUGCGAGGGCCGGGGACUGGGGAUUUUCGGGACCAGCUGUUGUGGGCAUCUUUUCUGAGUACCAAGGGUUUCUCCCUUCGCUGCUGAAAGGCAGUUUUCCCGCUUCCUGGCUGGCCUCUCUUGCCUCCCUUGGCCGGGGAAAUACCAGUUACUGUGAGCAUCACCCUGGGAUGGUAAGACACCCCUCAGAGAGUCCUCUUGCUGCUGCCAACCAAAUCAGUAUUAGCUUUGAGCAUUGCACUCUGCCUCUCCUUCCCUGGAAGAACCCAAGGACUAGCACGAGGUGCUGUUUGGAGCGGGGUGGGAGGAAGCCCCUAUCCUGGGCUCCAGCUAGAUAGGGGCAGCCUGGGGUUAUAGAAAAACAGCUGGUUUCCCCACCCUCUUUCCCAGGGAAAACUCCAUGAUUUCCUAAAGCCAGCAAAUGGAGAUAGCAGAGUCUGGCCCUUCUCCCUCCCCAAUUCUUCCUCCCCAUUCCUGAAGAAAUUGAGCACUUAUAAGACCUCCCUUUGGAGGGGCCCCACCUGAAGUGUCAGGCUGGGGGCAGUUUGGUACGGAUCAUAUUUAUUGCCUCCGUGCGUGUGUCUGUGUGAGGACUAGUGUGCAUGGACACGUCUGGAGCAGGCGUGUGGGGCUCUUUCAGGGACCACAGAGGGGGGAAAGAGUUCACAGUGCCCAGGCACCCUAAAAUCCCCAGUAAUGGUGCCUCAGUGGGCCCAGGAGUUCCAGUGGGAGAGUAGGGUCCCCUCCUGUCUCCCUCCUUUCCCUCACUUCCAUCUGUGUGGACAAUAAAUCAAUAUGCACAGGUUUUGGA